GAUUCUGAUGUCUUGAAUUAUAUGCAUGAGGUGAUUGUGUUGAAUGAGUGGCUGAGUCGAGUCUUUCUAGGUCAAUGAACAAAAGGGAGACUCUUCCUUUAACCAAUUUUGCUACACUCGAAUGUCAUCGGUGGUGGUCGUCCGGGUUGCUGUUGAAGUUGCACUUGUGUUGAUGCCAAGUGGCCAAUAUGAUUCACGUAUUUUGUGCCUUUAUGAUAUGUUCCUCAAGGGUUUCAUGGUUAUAACUUUUUGAGCUUACCGGGUGUUUGAUUCGGUUUGCUUGGGGACAAGCAAAAGGUUAUGUGAGGGGGAAUUUGAUAACACUAUAUUCGAACAUGUUUUCCCCAUCAUUUCUUGAUCUUUUGAGACUGGUUUAUCGCUCUCGUGGCCUGUUUUACGCUUGUGCGUGUGAUUUAUGAUGUUUUAAGCCUUAGUGCGUGAACGGGCUCGAAGGAGCGAGUUUCGGGACAUUCUGGAGUGACUGGGCAGCGAGCACAUGGGAGUUACGGUCUAACCUGUAACUCCCCUCAAGGAGUCGUAACUGGCGAGUGGAGAAUGCAGAGUUCUAUAAAGAUUUUUGGAGUUACGAGCAAACCUUCAAAGUUACGGUCUAGGCCGUAACUCAGCCUUUGCAACCGUAACUCCUGGAUAGCGACGACAUUAAUUCUAGAGGAAUUUUUGGAGUUACGGUCUCCCUCUUCAAGUUACGGUCGAGGCAGUAACUCCUCCAAAAAAGCCGUAACUUUUGGUUUACGGAGUGCAACAACGAUGUCAUUUUCUAGAGAGUUACGGGAGGGCAAGCCAACUUAUGACAGUAACUUAGGUCGUAACACGCGAAUUCUCAGCCUUUAAAAGGGUUGCUCGGGAAAAGGCAAGGGAUCCGGAGUUUAUGAGUUCUAAAGGCAGAAAAAGAACCCUAGAGAGAAAGUGAUGAAGAGAAACCCUUGGGCAAGGAUUGGAGUGAUCUGAAGUGUUACACCGCGCUCUUCCCAAAAGUCAAAAUGAUUAUUAUACCCUUGGGUCAAGUUCCACCGUAUUAUCGAUGAGGAUUAAAAAUGUGAACUAUCGGUUCAAGAGGUGUCGAAUUUCGACAUAAAAUGAGAAAGUUACAGACAUUAAUUGAGUUUCGGAUUAAACUCACCCGUAAUUGUGAAUUUCCACAAAUAACCUUAGACAAACUAAAACCCUAGACGGCCUACCCCACUCGGCCUCACCACUACCAAUUAAACCCUCCCCCGAUCCAUUUCUAUUGCCCAACCUUUCCAAGCAGCCGCUAAACCCUUCCACUUGUGCGAGACACCGCCAACCCAUUCUUGCACUUCAGCAUGUACAACUCACCGCUCCCACCCUCGCCCUGUAUCUCUCCGCAAUAAAGCAAAGGUCUGCCGUUUCUGGCAAGCAACUAAUGGAGAGAGGGGUAGAUGACCACCUGGGGGAACAUCAAUCGGGUGAGGUGGGGACUGAAAGAACUAUCAUCGGUGAAGAGAUGACAGGGGCAAGGAGAAAAAGGAUCGGAGGCGAUCUUGACCAAGGAAUAUUAAGUCGAGGUUACGCCACAGCAGAGGGCCAGGAGUGGUGGCUCUUGACCCAGAUUCAGAGGCCGAGAUUUGGCAGCUUCAGCUCGAAUUUGGAGGAAGGCGGUGGUGCGGCUAAAUUUCCAUGCUUCAGCCGACCGAGGAGGUAACAUAUCAAUCUCUACCGUUGCGUCUUUACUCUUAGCCUUAAUAUGAUCGCAUCGUAUCUCGUGCGGGGGAUGACUCUGGCUCCAAGGAAAUUUAGAUGUUUAGGUUGUAGGAAUAAUUGUCUGAUAAAAUCAGCAAUGGUUUCCAUUCGUCAAUUAGAGGGCGAACUCAAAUAGCUAACGAUGCUUUGGUUGUCUUUUCUGGUUCCAUAGUUGGUGUUAAUUAUUCCAGUACUUGGCUUCCAUGGUGGAGUUGAGAUUAAAUUGGGAACUAGAAGUAGUUGUCGUGGUAAGCAUACCCCUAGUAACCGAGUGCAAGAGUAAUAGAUCUUUGAUGGGUACGAAAAGUAUAAGCAUACCCCUUAAACAAUUCAACAAUUCUCAUAAUGAAUAUUAGAGGAUUGUACACGAAAGAGUGACAUGGAGACAGACAAGAGGAUUACGAUAAAGCCCCAACGGAACUCGACCAGGCUUGGUGGUCUCGACAUGAUAGAUUUGGUUGUUCAGUACGGAAAUGCAUCGGUGGAAUAUCAAUAUAAUUGAGGUACUAGUUUCGAGUAAAUCAUCGCUUGCUCAAGUGCUCUUGGCUUGUCGAUCGUUUCUUGUGUUGAUCGAUAUAGAUUAUUGAGGUAAUGGUUAUGGUUUCAUCGAGUGCGAGAAUGACAUGGAUUUGGUGCCUGUUCCGUACAGUAAGAGAAGUGCAUAGAAAUUUUGUGUGGAAAUAGAAUUGGUAACUGUUGAUGGGUUGGGAUUAAAGUAGCUUCCUCCACCUGGCCUUGGAAUUUAGAGUGACGUAGGUGAUGAUGGAAAGGACAAUAUGGGAUAGUAGUUAUAUGUAUAUUCAAGAGAAAUGGGAGCUAGCAUGAGUUAGUAGAAUCUUCUUUUAAGAGUUUAUAGAAUCUCCAGCCUACUAUAAUCGUAUUAAGGUAAAUAACGAAAGUUCUAAUAGAAGAGGUUCCAAUCGUAAGGAAAUACCUCUAGGAUUUUGAAGGAGUUGAAGGAGUAGUACGAGGAUUCUACUACUAGGCAUCAAGGAGUGGAUCUAAUAAGCAAAAGCAAACAAGUAGGAGAACGAUGAAUCUCGAAAGACAGAGCUAUAGUCACUAGAUGUCAGUAGCAAUAAUGAUGGGAGGAUUUCAGGGUCCUUGACCCUAAGGAGUAGCGAGGAAGCAAUGAGCUACGAAACAAAGAGGUACCACGAGAAGUCCCUCAACUAGGGAUGGCAAUCAAACCCAUGGCCGCGGGUAUCCGACCGCCCUCGACCUAGUCAACGCGGGGAAUCCCCGCUUUGACCGGGUAUGGGGUGGGUAUGGAUAAAACCCGCAAAAAGUUUGAUGGGUAUGGGCGGGUAUGGUUUUAGCCUCCCCCGCCCCAUACCAUCCCCAUACCCGCUCCACCAAGAUAAUUUCUUCAUAUAUAAAAACAAAUAUGUGGAUCAAAUUAUAAUCUAUCAAUGAUGAAGAGGAUAACUUGAGAAAAUAAAUAGUAGAAAUGUAA